UACGAGAGGCUCACUGCUUUGCAUUCCACCGUCUGAGAACGAGCGCGGAAAAUAAGAACAUUACUACUAGAGUUGUUCGUAAUAGUACAUAGCCGGUCAGUUCGCUCGAAUUUGUUGAUUCAAAAGUGAUUCCAAUCUGCCGCAAAAAUAAUGUGUUUAACUUUUUCAAAGUCCUGUCCUGUUCUAAUAAAUUGUCAAGUGUAAACAUGUCUCUCUUGCCGUUAUUCUUGUAUAUCGCAGUCGUAGAAGUAGCUGCGUUUCCUGAUCGUCGACCGGCUAAUUACAACGUAUGCGAGACCGAUGCGUGUCGCACAGUUGGACAAAUGAUUCAACGUGGUAUCGAUUACUCUUCCGAUCCUUGUGAUAAUUUCUACAAUUAUGGAUGUGGUUCAUGGGCGGCGAACAAUCCUAUGCCGCCUAGUGCAUUAACUUGGGAUACGGAUGAGCUGUAUGUUAUGAAGAUUGAUCGACGACUGAAAGAGAUACUUGAAGAACGAAGUAAAUAUGACGAAUUGCCGCCUGUACAAAAACUCAAGCAAUAUUAUCGCUCAUGCAUGGACGAAGAUGCGAUCGAGAAAGAAGGACUCGCACCUGUAAUGACAAUGUUAGAUGCGACCGGUGGAUGGCCAAUUAUAAUGGAGAAAGCGGACACGAACAUGGAAAAUUUUACUUGGCAAGAUAUCGAUAAUGCUUAUAUUCAGCUUUUUACCCUUAGCAGUUUUUUCGAAAUUAAUUAUGAACCUGAUGAUGAAGAUUCAAACCGCAAUAUACUUACGAUAAAUUUAGAUAAAACAUCUAUUCUCGAAAACAAACUUUAUUCAGAAAAAAUAUUGUUACCGAAUUCAGAUCUAAGUAAAAUGGAAGAAAUAAUAAAAGCUUUUGCCAAAUACAAAGGAGCUAAGAUAAAUACAAACAGAAUGGACAAGGAAAUAGAAGAUUUAUUCCUUUUUGAAGAUAAAUUUAAAGAUAUCAUCAGAAAGUCAUAUGAAGACGUUUUUAAAGGACUGGAGACAAAUCAUACCAAAAUGACGAUUUCAGAAUUACAAGAGUAUUACGAUCUUGCAGAAACUGAAAACACAACUUCAAAGAUAAAUUGGCUACAAACGGUACAAUCUAUUUAUAACAAUGUUAACGUGAGUAUUAACGCUUCCGAACCUAUGAUUGUAUACAAUAAAGAACUUCUGUACGAAUUGGCAUAUUUGUUGGAUGAAACAUCGCCUCGUAUACUUGUGAAUUUCAUACAAUGGAAUAUUGUACGUCAACUUGUGCCGUUUCUGACCAAAGAUAUAAGAGAUAUUGAUUUCAAAUCGACCCAUGAAGAUUACAAUGUGACCGAACAAGAACCUCGAUGGAAAAGAUGCAUUGAGGAAAUACCGUUACAAGACGCCUUGUCUUACCUCUAUAUUAAGAAGUACAAUACGACACAUAAUAUAAAAGCUGCGACUGAAAUGGUUGAGGAAAUGAAAACGGAGCUGAAAAAGCAUACAUUACAUUCAAAAUGGAUGGAUAAUAAUACGAAGGAGUUUAUAAUAUCCAAAAUAGAUAAUUUAAUACAACUAAUUGGCUAUCCCGAAUGGUACAAUAACCAGACUGCACUCAUCAAACGUUACGAAGGAUUGCAAAUAGGGCAGAAUUAUUUUAAAAACAUUUUAACAGUCGUGAUAUACGAAAUAAGAAGAUUUCUCAAGGAAUUUCGAGAACCCGUGGACAAAUACGAAUGGUUAAGUUCCCCUCUAGUUAAGAAUUCCUUUUAUGACACAUCGAUUAACGCAAUAAAUAUACCACUUUCUGAGAUUCAGGAUCCGUAUUUUACUCCCGGCAUGCCACUUGCAUUUGAUUACGGUAGUGUAGGUAUGAUUAUCGGACACGAGCUUACGCAUAGUUUUGAUAACACUGGAAUACAACGUGAUAAGUUCGGCAAUAAAUAUUCACAACAUUCUAAAAAAAUGAAUGAGGCUUACGAGGAAAAACUAGAGUGCUUUGUGGAUCAAUAUAAUAAUUUCACGAUGAUAACAACAGACGGACAUGAACAAAUAAAUGGCCUACUUACAAGAAACGAAAAUGUCGCUGAUAAUAUUGGCCUCGAAAUUGCCUUCACAACAUUUAAAAAACUCUUGCUAACUGCGGGACCACAACCGAAAUUGCCAGGAUUAAUGAAUGUCACUGACGAACAAUUGUUCUUCUUAUCCUACGUAAAUGCAUGGUGUGAAACAUCAAGAGACUUUUACGAGGGAGAUCACAUUAACAAUGAUGUUCACGCAUCUUCAAGAUUUCGUACGGUCGGCUCCGCGGCUAACAUGGUAUCUUUCUCUAAAGCGUUUAAUUGCUCAGUGAACAGCCCAAUGAAUCGUAAAUCCAAGUGCAACUUAUGGAAAUAAGCUGAGAUAUCUAGAGACUUUACAAAUUAA